ACCUCUCUCCGCAGGUUCCUGCUCUGGGGUCGCAUCUAAGGAACCGCCGCCUAGACUGGUUCCGGCGCCCAGGGACUAGGCCCCGGCCAAAGCAGAAAGGGACCUGGAGCCUGAAACUGGCGCCUAAAGGAAGCCCGAGCAUCCUUGGGGCCUGCGCCUCGGGCUCGGAGAGGGGCGGGUGGAGACCGAGCCGAGUCUUCCUUCUUCGCCGCCGGCGCCCUGCGCUGGCCGGGGCAGCCUCCUAAGCGUCCUUAAUAACCAGCAGGUCCUUGCUGCCACUUACGAGCUGCGUGUGCCUUCCACACAUGCUCAUAAUUAAACAUCCCAACGAGCCUAUCAGCAAAAUUCUGCGGCAUCUCUGGCAUACUACCUGAAAAUUUGGGGGUGCCAUGUCGAAGAAACGCAAAUGGGAUGAUGACUAUGUUCGUUACUGGUUCACCUGUACAACGGAGGUUGACGGAACGCAACGCCCACAGUGCGUAUUGUGUAACUCGGUGUUUUCAAAUGCUGACCUCAGACCAUCAAAACUGUCUGACCAUUUUAACAGACAGCAUGGCGGUGUCGGUGGGCAUGAUCUCAAUAGCCUGAAGCAUAUGCCAGCACCAUCUGAUCAGAGCGAAACCUUGAAAGCAUUUGGAGUUGCAUCCCAAGAGGAUGCCUUAUUACAAGCAUCCUAUCAGUUUGCCUAUUUAUGUGCCAAGGAGAAGAAUCCUCAUACAAUAGCUGAAAAAUUGGUGAAACCCUGUGCAUUGGAAAUAGCACAUAUAGUUUUGGGACCAGAUGCACAAAAGAAGCUUCAGCAGGUUCCCUUAUCAGAUGAUGUGAUCCAUUCUAGAAUUGAUGAAAUGAGCAAGGAUAUCUUACAGCAAGUUCUAGAAGAUAUCAAAGCCAGUCCUCUUCAGGUGGGCAUUCAGCUUGCUGAGACAACGGACAUGGAUGACUGCAGUCAGCUGAUGGCAUUUGUGCGCUACAUAAAAGAAAGAGAGAUCAUAGAAGAAUUCCUCUUCUGUGAACCAUUGCAGUUAACCAUGAAAGGAAAGGAUGUGUUCAAUCUCUUCAGAGACUUCUUUAUGAAGCAUAAGAUAGGACUUGAUGUAUGUGGCUCUGUUUGUACUGAUGGUGCCUCAUCUAUGCUAGGAGAAAAUUCAGAAUUUGUUGCUUAUGUGAAAAAAGAGGUGCCUCAUAUUGUGAUUACACAUUGUUUGUUGAACCCUCAUGAACUUGUCACAAAGACAUUGCCUACAAAGCUGAGGGACGCUCUGUUUACUGUCGUGAGGGUAAUAAAUUUCAUCAAAGGGCGAGCUCCGAAUCAUCGCCUGUUUCAGGCCUUUUUUGAAGAGAUUGGAAUAGAGUACAGUGUCCUCCUUUUCCAUACCGAAAUGAGGUGGCUUUCCCGGGGCCAAAUACUUACCCAUAUUUUUGAAAUGUAUGAAGAAAUAAAUCAGUUUCUUCACCACCAAAACAGUAGUUUAGUUAAUGGCUUUGAAAAUAAAGAGUUUAAAAUUCACCUAGCCUACCUUGCAGAUUUAUUCAAACACCUAAAUGAGCUUAGUGCAUCCAUGCAAAGGACUGGGAUGAACACGGUAUCAGCUAGAGAGAAGUUAUCUGCUUUUGUCAGGAAGUUUCCAUUUUGGCUAAAGCGAAUUGAGAAAAGAAAUUUCACCAACUUUCCUUUCCUUGAAGAAAUAAUUGUUUCAGAUGACGAAGCGGGAAGCAUUGCAGCUGAAAUCACACUGCAUCUCCAACAGUUAAACAACUCCUUCCAUGGCUAUUUUUCCGUUGGAGAUCUUGAGGAGGCGAGUAAAUGGAUACUGGAUCCAUUUCUUUUUAACCUGGAUUUUGUUGAUGAUGGUUAUUUAAUGAAAAAUGAUCUUGCCGAAUUACGAGCUAGUGGCCAAAUUUUAAUGGAAUUUGAGACAAUGAAGCUUGAGGAUUUCUGGUGUGUUCAGUUCACAGUGUUUCCAGACCUGGCAAAGACAGCUCUAGAAAUCCUUAUGCCAUUUGCAUCAACGUACCUUUGUGAAUUGGGAUUUUCAUCACUUUUACAUUUUAAAACAAAAUCCAGAAGCUGCAUUAAUAUGAGUGAAGACAUCCGUGUGGCUAUUUCAAAAAAAGUUCCUCGUUUCUCAGACAUCAUUGAACAAAAGCUACAGCUACAGCAGAAGUCACUGUAA